AUUUAUGUGCGCAUGCGUACAUCCUCCCGCCUACUUCACUGUGAAAGCCAUUUCCUGACCUAAAAAACAGCGUGGAUGUCAUUUUACUAGAUUGAUCAAGAUCUAGAAUCUAGUUUUUUUGACUGGUUGUGUUUGCCGUAUUUUUUGUUUUUACACAAGUAUGAGUGGAGGUUACGGUCGAGGACCACCUGCUAUUGACGGAAUGGUGUCGCUGAAAGUGGAUAACUUGACAUACAGAACAACGCCAGAUGAUUUACGCCGAGCUUUCGAGAAGUAUGGCGACGUUGGUGAUGUUUACAUUCCCAGAGAUAGAUUCACACGAGAAAGUCGCGGAUUCGCUUUUGUUCGAUUCUACGACAAACGGGAUGCUGAAGAUGCGAUGGAUUCAAUGGACGGCGCCCUUCUUGAUGGCAGGGAAGUGAGGUGUCAAAUGGCUCGGUAUGGACGACCGUCGGAACCUCACAGGCGAGGUCCACCAAGACGUGGUUAUGGCGGUGGAGGCCGAAGAGGAAGGUCUCGGUCUAGAUCCCCAAGGAGGAGGAGACGUUCCAGAAGUAGGUCAGGCAGCCGCUCUCAUAGUCGCUCAGCAAGCCGUUCUCGCAGCAGAAGUCGUGGAAAAGCUGCAGGAUCUCGAAGUCGCUCUCGAUCUUUUGACCAAAAUGGAGCCGAUGCCUCAGACUGAAUUUAGGUUGAGUUGUAUCAUUUGGAUGUGAACAGCAGCUUUUUGCUACAUUGGCACUCCAAUUUUGAAACAAAAGGUGCUUCUCAAAGCUGUUUACACAUUGAACUGACAUUUUAACAUUCUGUAAAUAUUUCACACAUUCUGUAUUGUAGCAUAUUGUAUUACUGUCCAUUUUUAACAAACAAAAGAAUAAGAUUUUGUGUGCAUGUGUUUUAUAUUAUUUUCUGUUAAGUAAAUGUGGUUAAGCAUUUUUGUGGUUGGUUGGUUGGGUUUUUUUUUUUAACUGUAAAAAUUUAACCAUGGCAAGCUAUUUGGUUCAUUUUACACAUCAUCACAUUCAUUGUGUCUAUGAUCAAUAAAGGUGUAAAUAUUAACCUAAUCUCUUUUCUUGUUUCCCCAUAACUGUAGGAGCUGGUAAGGCGGGGUUAUUAAUUGCUGUGGCAGACAGUGGUGCAAUGGCGGUGCAGUGCAGAGAUUGCUGUAACUGUCGCUGUCGGGUGUGGCUGUAAAGAUAGCAGCGGGGUGGAGUGAAGGGUGUUGGAGGAAAAAAAGCAUGCUGUAUUAGUUUGGUAGACCCAGCUGGCAGACAGCGGCGUUGGUGUGAUUGCAGUCCUGUUGUUGGUGUGAUUGCUGUUGGUUAGGGUACCUGCCAAGCAUGGUGAAAAAGUCUGCAGUAUAGUGAUUGCAGCCACCUUACCAAAGCUUUAUGACUGGUCUACCUAUGAAAUAGUGGAUGUUCUAGGUUAUAGAUUUGACCUGAUAUAAGGUUAUAGCAGAUGUUUUUCACAAAUGAUGAGAUACCUUCAUUAUGACUAGUUGGGCAGAUAUAAAUGUGACUUUGUUGAAUUGUCCUUAAUGUUUGUUGGAAAGUUACUGCUUACAGUAUUUUAUUUUGAUUUUUAAACUGGUUUCUAGCAAUAAAUGUAGAUAGAAAGGGUCUUACUUACCAUGCAGUUUAUUUUUUUUAAAUCUAGGAUCUUGGUCUGUUUCAGCCAUUCCUUUCAGAAGUCAUGCUUAUGUUAUUUUUCAAGUUAAUGCCUUCAUUAAUUGUAAUCAUGGUAAUAUUUAGAUAGCUACUGGUAGGUAUUGUUGUAGCACUCUUCAAUGCCUCUGUAUUUUGCAAUUUUUUAAAUGUAAGGUUUUUUUUUUUUUAAGAAAAGAAAUGAUACUUUUAUGAAUAU